UCCUUCUUUUAACCAAAUCCCCAAUUCCAAACCAAAAAAAAAACUCUCUUUUUCUAUCUCAAACAAAAAAACGGUUUCUUCACUCCAAUGGGUGCCUCAGGAAAAUGGUUCAAAUCACUUCUUUCUCAUAAAAAAAUCUCAUCUUCAACCACAACAACAGAUCAAGAGAAGAAGACGAGUGGUACUACUAAGAAGAAAUGGCAGCUAUGGAAGUCAUCUUCAGAAGGAUCUUCUUCUUCAAGUAUGAAGAAGAGUGGUGGUGGUGGUACUGCUUCCGUGUGCGAUUCUUCUCUUACUGCUGCUGCGGUUGCCGUGGUGGUUCGAGCUCAACCUAAGGAUUUCAACCUAAUCAGGCAGGAAUGGGCUGCUAUUCGAAUUCAGGCUCUGUUUCGAGCCUUCUUGGCUAGAAGAGCUUUGAGGGCAUUGAGGGCAGUGGUGAGGCUGCAAGCUAUAUUUAGAGGCAGGCAAGUGCGAAAACAAGCCGCAGUUACUCUAAGGUGUAUGCAGGCUCUUGUUAGAGUUCAAGCUCGCGUAAGGGCUAGGAAUGUAAGGAAUUCUCCAGAAGGUAAAGCAGUUCAGCAGUUGUUAGACGACCAUCGCAACCAAGCUGAUUCUGUUAAACUCAUAGAGCAAGGAUGGUGUGAAAUUCCUGGAACUGCAGAUGAAGUUAAAGCAAAGCUAAGGCUGAGACAAGAAGGAGCAAUCAAGAGGGAUAGAGCAAUGGCAUACUCUCUUUCGGCACAGUCAAGAAUGAGUGCUAGUCCGAACUCGAAAUCAGCGACUCCUCUCAAGCAUCAUCACAAUCGCGACAACAAGAGCUUAGGAAACGGGUUGUUAGAACGCUGGAUGGCGAACAAGCCAUGGGAGAGUCCAAUGUCAAACAGGAAGAGUGAAGAGCUUGUUCCUACUUUUCAAACGAGAAGGAAUGGCAUGACAACUAGGAUUUCAUCUCUUAAAAUCUGUCAGCAAACUCCAUCCUCUUCCACCAUAAGCUCCGAAUACAUGAAUGACGAUAGCGUUAUAUCAUCUUCAUGUACAUCUGGAUCUCCAUCUAUCAUGCCAUUCAGCAAUACUACUGUUAUGGCGGAAGCAAGAGAGGAAAAAGAUGUACCAAGCUACAUGAGUUUGACAGAAUCAACAAAGGCUAAACUCAAAGCUUUAAGGAGCUCUUCGCAGAAUUCUAAGAGACUCACAAUGGACGAUUGUCUGUCUCAUAACACAAAUUCAACGUUUCUGAAUGGAUAUAAUAGCAUAAGCAGUUCUGGCUCCGACCCUUCGGUUAAUAUAUGGAAGGAUCGUUGUGCGACACCUCUAAGAGCGAGUUACUAUCAAAAACGAUACGGAAGGAGAUAGAGAAUUUCUCUAACAGUUUCAGCCUGAUGUGUCUAUUUUCAAUGAGUUCAACAGCUUGUUGUCCAUUGUCAUGUUGACACAAUUAGACAGACAAAUUUAGUUUUUCUGCAACAACCAAGUUUAGCUUUUUAUUACAUCAGUACUUUUUCUGAGAAAGUGGUUAAUUUAUAGUGUAGAUAGAUAAAACAUGGAUUGUGUGAGAAAUGCAAUAGCAAAAUAUUGCACUACAUCAAUUUAUAUUUUGUGUGUUACUCAUAUAUGAUAGCUGUUUUUUAAUUA